GACAAAGACCGCUGCGAGGUGAAGGUUCCAGGGUCCAACUCGCGCGCGCUAUAAGGCGGGCGUCUCGGCGCGCCACGACAACCGGCGCCAUGCACGCGACUGCGCCGCUCCUGCUGUUGCUGGCCGCCGCCUGUUCGCUCGGCGCGCCCAGGAACACCAGCUUCCCCCAGGGCUUCCUGUUCGGGGCGUCGAGUGCCGCCUACCAGGUGGAGGGCGCCUGGAACACCAGCGGCCGAGGCGAGAGCAACUGGGACCGGCUGAUCCACCGACACCCGGAGUGCAUCAGCAACGAGGCCACGGCUGACGUGGCGGCCGACUCCUACCACAAGUACCAGGAGGACGUGAGGGCUGCCAAGGAGGUCGGGUUCGACUUCUACCGCUUCUCAAUCUCGUGGCCCAGAAUCAUGCCACAAGGAAACUUAUCUCUCAUCAACCAGGACGGCAUCGACUACUACAACAACCUCAUCAAUGCGCUGCUCGCCAAUAACAUCCAGCCUGUGGUAACGAUGUUUCACUGGGACCUUCCACAAAGCCUCCAAGAUCUUGGAGGUUUGAUGAACCCAGCAAUAGUAGACUACUUCGAGGACUACGCUAGAUUGCUAUACACGACCUAUGGAGACAGGGUGAAGCUGUGGACCACCUUCAACGAGCCGUACGAGAUCUCGGUGGGUUUGACGUCAGCCUGCGAGGCGCCGGCCGACCUGGUGUCCCCGGGCUUCGGCGAGUACCUGGCCAUGCACAACCUGCUCAAGGCGCACGCCACUGCCUACCGCCUGUACGACCGGGAGUUCCGCCGCCGGCAGGGAGGCAAAGUUGGGAUCACACUCAGCGCAGCGUGGGCGGUGCCUAAAUCUCAGUCAGCUGCUGACUUAGAAGCAGCUGAGAGAUAUCUACAGUUCACAGUGGGCUGGUUCGCACACCCGAUAUUCAGCCAGGAGGGCGACUACCCCUCUGUGAUGAAGGAGAGGGUCGCGCGGAACAGCAAGGCAGAGGGGUUGCGCAGGUCCAGACUGCCGGAGUUCGGUCCAGAAUGGGUCGACUACAUCAAAGGUAGCUAUGAUUUCUUCGGCCUGAACCACUACACGACGAAGAUCCUGAGCGAGCCCGCGACCGCCACGGUCUCCCAGAUCAGCAUGGCCAACGACAUGGGCAACCUGGUGACGGAACAGGACGACGCCUGGCCGUACGGGGCGGCCACAUACUUCAGGUAUGUUCCCUUUGGCAUGAGAAAUAUUCUGAAGUGGGUGUCCGAGAGAUACAACGGGGUUGACAUUCUGAUCACCGAAAAUGGAUGGUGUGAUAGCGGGGAACUUAAUGACACUAUGAGAACCAGAUUUUACGUGAACUACUUGGCUGCAGUUCUAGAUGCCAUAUAUCUGGAUAAUGUCCAGGUGAUAGGACACGCGGCUUGGAGCCUUAUUGACAACUUCGAGUGGGCCAGUGGAUACUCGAUGAAGUUCGGCCUCUACUAUGUGGAUUUUAAUGACCCUGAUAGACCAAGGGUACCAAAGGAUUCGUCAAAGGUGUAUGCUUCAAUGAUAAAGAACAGAAGUCUUCCUGAGGAGUAUUUGGAUAAAGUAGAAGAAUAAGUUAUUGCAUGAAAUUUAAAGUGAAACCCACUGUGAUAAAUAUAUGUUCGUUUGAAAUUAAAAACAGAUUUCAUUUCAAAACUAA